ACAUUAGAAACUGCUUUCAAGCUCGAGAGUCGCCUUCGCCUUUAAGCGCUGAUGGUGCUGAUGCUGAGGCAUCGUCAGGAGCUCCAUUACAUCACUUCGAGCGGAGCUGAUUUGCUGAAGGUCACAGGUUUCUUUCCAUUCCGCCACGGGAUUCUCCGACUUGAAGUGCGUCUGAUUCGGGCGUACAUUCUUCAUUAUUUUUAUACUGACUAGAAAUAGCGGCACAUAAAAACAAGAGGCUUUGCCAGCGGGGACCGCAGAAUGGCAGAGAGUGAGGCCGAAACACCCAGCACCCCAGGGGAGUUUGAAAGCAAGUACUUUGAAUACAAUGGAGUGAGGCUCCCCCCGUUCUGCAGAGGGAAGAUGGAGGAGAUCGCUGACUUCUCGCUCAGGAGCAGUGACAUAUGGAUCGUCACCUACCCCAAAUCAGGUACAAGUCUGUUACAAGAAGUAGUAUAUCUGGUAAGCCAAGGUGCCGAUCCAGAUGAGAUUGGUCUGAUGAACAUCGACGAGCAGCUUCCCGUCCUGGAGUAUCCCUCACCUGGACUGGACAUUAUUCAGGAGCUGACUUCACCUCGUUUAAUAAAGAGCCACUUGCCAUAUCGGUUUCUACCAACAGCCAUGCACAAUGGGGAAUCCAAGGUGAUAUAUAUGGCUAGGAAUCCCAAAGACCUUGUGGUAUCGUAUUACCAGUUUCAUCGCUCUUUGCGGACAAUGAGUUAUAGAGGAACGUUUCAGGAAUUCUGCAGGAGGUUUAUGAAUGACAAGUUGGGAUAUGGUUCCUGGUUUGAGCAUGUGCAAGAAUUCUGGGAGCACCGUAUGGAUUCCAAUGUCCUUUUCCUGAAGUAUGAGGACAUGUUCAAGGAUCUUGCCACUUUGGUGGAGCAGCUAGCCCGGUUUUUUGAAGUAGCAUGUGACAAGGUCCAGCUAGAAACCAUGAUUGAGAACUGCCACCAACUCAUUGAGCAGUGCUGCAAUUCAGAAGCGCUCUCCAUUUGCAGGGGACGGGUUGGCUUGUGGAAGGACAUCUUCACUGUGUCGAUGAAUGAGAAGUUUGAUGCAAUUUACAAACAGAAGAUGGGAAAGUCAGACCUUACAUUUGAUUUUUGUCUGUAAAAUUCUACUGCAUGCAUUUUUGGGCUGUUAAUUUUUCAUAAGCUUUGUAAACCUACUGGAUCUUUUGGCGCCUUUAUUAUAUGUACUGUAAAAGCACCAGGACUUCUGAGUCGAGUUGUUGUUUCAUUAUACUGUAUAAUGUUUCAGUUUAUAUACAAAAUAUAUGUACUGUAUGUAUAUCAGUAUGAUGCCUCACAUCCGUGCCAUCUGCAGAUUAGUUUCUGCUUAAUAAGCUUAUGUAUUUUAUAUGUGUCUUUCCUGUGAAGGCGCCUUUUAGAUGGUAAUGCAGUUUUUCAACUUGUUUUCCGGAAGUGGCCUAUGGCCACUUGCCGUAAAUUGACCACUGAUUUUCACCCAUGCCCCCAAAAUUGCGGGUGGCAGAAAGAGAUGAAAGCUUCCUUUGUUGGUGUAGAAAGGGGUAUAUCUGGAUGGUCCGUGCUCCUCUUUGUAAACCCACCUGAGUGGUUGGCACAUGUCAACAUGGAGGUGAGAAACUAUUAUAUAAUAUGAAAGCAGCCUUACCAUUUUAGGAUGGGUACAGAAAUUCUGGGUGUUAGUUGUUCUGAAAUUCUGCACCAUGCCUUAGGAUUACUGUUCAUUUUCAGAGGUUUGUAUUAUACAUUUUUUCUAUUUGUAUCCACUAACCUCUUAUCUACAGUAUGUGGCAAGAUGGUUAACAGCUUAUGACUAUAUGCUGUUUUAUUAAAAUCUGCUCAACUCCUUCAACAUCCCCAUCAGUAGUACAUUUAUGUCACUCCUAAAGCAGAAUUGUCUGCAGACAAUCUGUCAUCAUGGACUGUAAUGAUGUGCUUAAUUUUAAAUUAGUUGCCAGAAAUCACACACUAAUAAACAGAGUGAAAAGGAAGAUGCAUCAUGAUGGUGAUCUUCUUCUUUUUGCCAAAAGUGUAAAACUUUCUGUAGCUGCAUUACAAACUUUACAGUUUUACAUGUUGCUCAAAAUGUGCCAAGAUUGGACAUUUAUACGCAAAAGAAGCUUACUGUACAAGACAUGGCGUUUGCAUAACAGAGAGGGUUGAUAUAAAAAACAACCAUUUAAGUCAUCAUCACCAUAAGGCCAGUUUAUUCAUCAGACAUUUCGAAUCACCCUUUGUGACAAUAUAUAUAUAUAUGGGACAUUCUAAACUUUUUCAUACUAAUUUAAACCUAAUUGUAGGUGGUAUGUGGUUGAAGUGGUCAGCACUGCGGCCUCACUCCUCCAGACUCCUGGGGUCAAACUGAAGUCCAGCCACUGUCUGGGUGUUGUUUUCAUAUUCUCUUUGUGUCUUUGUGUGUUUUUUUUUUCUGGACACUUUACAGUUUGCCCACAUUUCAAAGAUAGGAGGGAAACCAAGAUUUGGUAACAUUGUAGUUUAGGUACUGCAAAAAUGCAUCUAUUACUCAUUUACACUUAUAUAACAAGACCUUAACAAACACUUCUUUGGGUCUUCAUGACACUUAAAAAGCAUCACUUAAUAGGUUACUCAUCUCUGUAGAGUGUGGCAUCAUGACAUGGUGGUAAAAUGACUUGUUAAUUUGAAGGAUUCACAGGUCUUAUACUAAAUAUGGAACAUCAAGAGCAAUGUCUCUCUUUGAAGCCACCUCAGACCACUCCAAAGUGAAGUUUUGCUAGGAAGUCACAUUACAGAGAUGAACACACACUUUAGGCUUUGGACUUCAAGUCACUUCACCUAUCUGUGGUUCAACUGGGAAAAAUCCAAAAAUGAAAUGUAACCAACUGCAUGUCUCAAAUACUGUAAGUUGCCUUAGAUAAAUGCAUCAGAUUAAUAAUAUGUAAUUUAAUAAAUCUUUCAUUUUUUAAAUGAUUGCUUCAGGCUUAGGGGCAUGUUAUCCAGACCAGUGGUUCUCAACGUUCAGUCCUGGUGGCCCCCUAUGGCUGCAGGUUUUUGUCCCAACCUUACUGUUUUAAUGUGCUGUAAGUGUAAAUCUGACACACUACUGGACUUUUCUAAAUGCAAAUAAAAGGAAAAAAACACUGACCAACUAUUUAAACAUUGCGAUUAAUUAAAAGUAAAAAUGACAACUGAUUGAGAAAUUGGUUGGAACAAAAACCUGCAACCACAGGGUGCCCUGAGGACUGAACAUUUAGAA